AUGACCAUGGACGGAUCAACCCAGACCAAUGGCGCAGAGCGCAAUGCCGACAGACUCGAGCCAAAGGAUGUGCAAAAGGAACAGUGGACAGUUGAGAGUGUCUUGGCCGAUAUCAAACCCCGCAAUGCCGAACACACCGACUCGCCCGUUCCGUUCUUCCACCUCCUCGAGCGCCUCAAGACGACCAAGCGCGCAGGAUGGCGCCGUUUUGGCAUCUCUGACUGCGAAUCGAUUGCCGACCACAUGUACCGCAUGAGCAUUCUCACCCUGAUGGCGCCCUCGUCGCUCAGCUCCCAACUUGACAUUCUCAAAUGCUGUCGCAUGGCUGUUAUCCACGACAUGGCUGAAGCGCUGGUCGGAGACAUAACACCAGUAGAUGACGUGACCAAGGAGGAGAAGAGCCGGCGAGAGACCGAAGCCAUGGACUACAUCUGCACGAACCUGUUGGGCCAGUUCAACGGAGGCUUGAAUGGAAAAGAUGUCCGCGAAAUCUGGCAAGAGUACGAAGACAGCAAGACACCCGAGUCACUCUUCGUCCAUGACAUUGACAAGAUUGAACUUUUGGUCCAGAUGAUAGAAUAUGAGCGAAAGUACGAAUGCGAGAAGGAUCUGGGCGAGUUCACAUGGGUCGCAGGGCGCAUCAAGAGCGACGAGGUCAUGGCGUGGGCAAAGCAGAUAUUCCGCGAGAGGCAACAAAUGUGGAAGGAAGCAGGCAAGACGCCGACAUGGAGGGCAAACACCGAGCCUGAGGACUAGGCUCGCCGAUCAAAUGAAUUCAAGAUGGCCUUUGCACGAAGUUAUGACCACGAUGCAUGUAGUAGAGUAGACAAAC